GGAAUUCCCUGAUAAAUUGUUUAAUUAUGACAACGAGGUUUUUUAAGGUAUAUAGCGGACUGUUUAUAGUGAGUUGAAUUUUUUGAUUUAGUUACAGCCUCAACUGUCUUUGAUAGUCUGCUCAGACAAGUAGCCAAAAUGGCUUCAGCUCUGGUCAGUCUUUUCACCUUGGUUGCCAUGGUGAUAGUCACUGAGUGCGUGCCCCAAUUUCCAUGGAUCAAUGAAUAUGACGAACCCAUGAACUUCCUGUGUCCCAACAAACAGAUCAUGAUGUAUUUGUCCAGUGACCAUGACAACGGCCGCGGAGAUAGAAUUUGGGAGAUGUACUGCCGCAGUGCUGAUCUCGUAGAUAAUUGUCAACAAUCAGACUACGUGAAUGAAUUCGACCAGACCUUCAACUACACCUGUCCAGGAAACAGAGUUCUUGCUGGUAUCCAUAGUUACCACGAGAAUAGCAAGGAGGACCGACGCUUCAAAUUCACCUGCUGCAGAGCCAGCAGCACCCCUGUCUCAGGUUGUCGCAUGACAGACUUCGUGAACGACUGGAACCUCAAACUGACCAUGUUCGUCAAAGAAUGCUACGCCAUCAAGACCAUUUACUCUAUUAAUGAUGACAACAAAAAAGAUAGACGCUUUAAAUUCGGAGUGUGCAAACUGUAGAAAGUCGUAACGCUACAUUUGGACAUUCCUUUAGAUUUACAACACUUAAUUAUGUAUGGCGAAAGUAAAAGGCAAAAAGUAAUUCAAAAUACCCAACACCGUUCUUAUAUCGCACAUCAACACAGUUAAAAUCUUAAAUAUUCGAUGACGUCAUAUUGCAAAUAUGUAUCAUAAUAGCUGUAUUGAGUUUUGAAUUAAA